AUCAAAGCAUGGGUUGCUUCGUACUCAACAAGAGAAGCCAGCUCAUGUGUCAUCCAGUCAAAAUUAUCUUAGUAUUUUUCAAGACCCAUAAUGACACCUCCCACUAAACAAUGUUCUUAAGACGUUUAUCUCGAUUUAAGCCAAUCUGUUCGAAGUUGUAGACUUUUGGGAUUCCCAUCUUUUCUUCUCCUAUUUCGAAUCAAACCCAAGCACCUCUGUUUUCUUCUCUCUCUCUCUCUCUCUCUCUGCAGAGAAUCCACAGUCAUGAAAAGAGAAGCUAUUGGGUUUAUUUGUUUAUGGUUUUCUCUCUUCUUGUCUGGUGGUGCUGUUUCAUUGGCCAAGAUUAAUACACCUAGAUUUCCUUCUCCAAUUGUUCAGCCAGAGCAACUCUCUGUUUCUACCCCAAAUGGGCUCUACAAAACCAAGUAUUUCACUCAAUCACUUGACCACUUCAAUUUCAACCCACAGAGCUACCACACUUUCCAACAGAGGUACUUGAUCAAUGACACUAAUUGGGGUUCUCAUAGUUCUCCAAUCUUUGUGUACACUGGAAAUGAAGGAGACAUUGAAUGGUUUGCGCAAAACACUGGGUUUAUGUAUGACAUUGCUCCCCACUUCAAGGCUCUCCUUGUCUUCAUUGAGCAUAGGUUCUAUGGGAAAUCAAAACCCUUUCACGGCGACAAAGAUGUGGCUUAUAGCAAUUCAAGUACGCUUGGAUUUUUGAGCUCUACACAGGCUUUGGCAGAUUAUGCAACUCUGAUUCUCGAUCUCAAGAAGAACUUGUCGGCAACUGAAUCCCCCGUGGUCACUUUUGGAGGAUCCUAUGGAGGAAUGCUGGCAGCUUGGUUUAGAUUGAAGUAUCCACACAUUACGAUUGGAUCCUUGGCAUCUUCUGCUCCAAUCCUCAACUUUGAAGACAUAACAUCCCCAUACAGUUUCAACAAUAUCAUCACUCGAGAUUUCAGAAGUGAGAGUGAGAAUUGCUACAAAGUGAUUAAAGGGUCAUGGCAAUUGAUUGAAGAUAUUGCAAAUAAACAAGGAGGGCUAGAUACACUCAGAAAAUCAUUCAGACCAUGCAAGAACCACAUUAGUGCAGGUGCUCUUGCAGGUUGGCUUGAGACUGCAUUUGUUUACACAGCCAUGACUGAUUACCCAACUCCUUCAAAUUUCUUGAAUCCCUUGCCAGCUCACCCAGUCAAACAGAUGUGUAAGGCGAUCGAUGAUCCGGCGACAGGGAAUGACACGUUUGCUAAGUUAUACGGUGCAGCGAGUGUGUACUACAACUACAGUGGAGACGCCACGUGUUUCGAUUUCUACGAUGAUUCUGAUCCUCAUGGACUCGGAGGAUGGACGUGGCAGGCAUGUACAGAGAUGGUAUUGCCAACAGGGGGUAACAAUGAAGAGAGCAUAUUUCCAGCAUCUGAAUGGAGCUUCGAAGGCAGAGCCAGUUUCUGCAAAAUGGCAUUUAACGUUGAGCCCAGACCCAACUGGAUUACCACUGAAUUUGGUGGCCAUAGAAUUGAGAAUGUUUUGAAAAGGUUUGGAAGCAAUAUUAUCUUCUUCAAUGGCUUGAGAGACCCUUGGAGUGGUGGAGGGGUACUGAAGAGUAUAUCCAAGAGCUUAGUUGCCAUUGUUGCAGAACGAGGAGCUCACCAUGUAGACCUCAGAUUUUCAACAAGUGAAGAUCCCAAAUGGCUUCAAGAUGUGAGGAAAAGAGAGAUCCACAUCAUUUCCCAGUGGAUCUCACAGUACUACCAAGACCUGUCCACAUAGAAUUCCUGGGCCUGGUAUGGCCCAUUCGAUUGGGCUCACUUUACGUCCCUUGUGUUUUCAAUACCUUAAACUCCUCGGCCUAUUAUGGGUCCAUUUGAUUCUGCUCACUAUGAUAAAACCUCCGGUCUAGUUAUGUGAAGCCACGCAAAAGGAUUAAACAUACAUUUAAUUUUCUUGUGUGCCGUAUUUGCCUUUUCAAUCCAAAUCAAAUCAUAAAUA